ACAAUUUCGCGUGGUUACUUAAGGGGUCGUCGUACAUUUUACCUUAGAAUCGAGAAUGGUAAACAUUCGAUUCGUUGAACACUUUAAUGGAACAAUGAAAAAUCGAUACUCUUCAAGAGUCUCGACUAGCUAACGAAUAGAACAUUUAUCCGACCUAGUAGGAAUCUGAAUCAUUCUUCCGUUUCAGAAUCCACACGUAACAUGUAAAAAUAUGCGACACCAGACGUUAUUUACACACUGCUCAGAGUCUUUUUAUGCUGGAUUUCUUUCUUCUGACCUGGUAAUUGACCUUACGAAUAACACAGGGGAACAGGUUGAAAACUCGGCUUGGAAUGAAAAAUAAAAAGAAUUUCGUGUUUACAAUUCGCAUGCCGUCGCGAGAAAAGGAGUUACCAGUAUCACGCGUACGGUGUUUCUGGGUUACACAUAGCUAUACCUCGUCGGCCAGGGCUUUUCAUGAUCAAGCACCUAUGAAAUUUGUUGAUUGAACUCUGAUUCGCCAGGCACGGCAGGGUAAUUGGUAAAACCGAGAGCACGUCUCUAACCGCUGUUUUACCACCACCGACACGGCGCCUAUCCAAUACUCCCCCUCUGUAAGCUCCCACCGCCAGCAACCACGGCUACUUUUAAUUGUCCCCCGAAUCGGUGUACACGCAACGUUACAAUACCACCCCGUACUAAAUAAUAAUUGCCGAGAGAUCGAGUUUUCCAUUCAGAGGAAGAGUCCGAUUAUUUUCAACCCUUCUCUAUUAAUUCCGGUCGACGUUUAAUGAUUCAGACCGAUACAUCUCAAUCAUAGUACUGUCUACAAUUCGCGCGCGCCGAAACAUUUGGCGUAUUAAUUGACUCGCAACGAUCGGUUACAUAUGCAUUUGUAAACUGCUAAACGGGAAGACGUCACCGUUCGCUUUAGAAUGUUGUUUCUCGUUUGCUUUUUAAGGAUAAAUCGUUUUUCGAUCCGUCGCCAGAGGUUGACCUCCUUUCAAAUAAAAAUAAAACGAAUAUUUUAAAUAAUUGAUGCGAACCAUCGAAAGUACUUGUUUAUAUUUAAGACCGUUCGAAAUGCUGAGUAUAUAAGCGGGUAAACAAUGGUGAAAGUAACUCGACGAAAGUAACGAUGCGAGGAAUAAACAUGAAGCAAAUAUUAUCGAUGCAGCGAGAAUUAUCGAUGGAUCUAGAAGAUCUAACGAAUUAUUGUUAAGAAUCAAGAAAUGUUUGACACUUGAGAAAAAUGAAUGAACGUUCGAAAACAUCGAAUGGCUCCAAAACACGACGCGAAACGGUAACAGCUGAUUCACGCCGCUCCGAUAUAUGAAGAAUCGUAUCGAUUUUCACGUGAAGAAGUAUCGUUCUUAUGUACUGAAUAAUUUCGCGCCAACGCAAUGAAUCGUGAAUAAAAAAAGGCAUCGUCAAGAAUAUCGACGAACGUGAAUUAAUGUAGGAAGAAAAAGAUCUAAAGAUACACGGAUCCGAGCGAAAGUAUUGAAAAAAAUAUUGGAUAGAUCGACACGAACGUAUCGGCGAGGCGAGAGACGAAGACAUAGGGGACCUUGGCAGGUCGACAGACUCACGUCAAGAACGUGCGACGACCCCGAGCCCGCACAGGGGAGCAACCCCUCUCCCUUCUUAUGAUACUUCUAAGAUCCUGGUUUCAAUCACGUUUCAACACAAGGUGCACGACGUAUCAUUUCGUACUUCAUCUCUUGUAUAAAACGUACUAAAUUGAAUAAUAACAUGGCUGAUCAGUCCAGCAGUAAUAAUACGACUAUAAAUCCAGAGAAUGUAAUAAAGAUCUUAAUGGCAACCGAUAUUCAUCUUGGUUUUCAACAUAAUAGGAACACAGGUACGACGUUCGAGGAUAGCUUUAUAACAUUUGAAGAAAUACUUCAAUACGCAAAUGAGCAUGAAGUCGAUUUCAUACUUUUGGGUGGAGAUUUAUUUCACGAUGCUAAACCAUCACAAACUACAAUGCUGAGGUGUUUGGAAUUGUUAAGGAAGUAUUGUUUAGGUCCCAGGGAGAUUAAAAUUGAGUUCUUAAGUGACCCCAAUAUUGUAUUUGAACACUGUGCAAAUAAAGUAGUGAAUUAUGAAGAUCCAAAUUUUAACGUCAGCAUACCAGUAUUUUCUAUUCAUGGAAAUCAUGAUGAUCCAAGCUUAGCUGCUGUUGGGUCAUUGGAUAUAUUAUCAGCAUCUGGUCUGGUAAACUACUUUGGGAAAUAUACAAAUCUGGUUAAUAUGAAAAUUCAUCCUUUGGUCAUAAAGAAGGGCGAAACCCAAAUUGCCAUAUAUGGUUUGAGUCACAUAAAUGAUAAAAGAUUAGCAAGAUUGUUAAACGAAUCCAAGAUAGAACUGCUCUCUGUACCAGAUGAAGAAUUCUUCAACAUACUCGUUUUACAUCAGAAUCGUGUACCGCAUUGCAACUAUGAUUACAUUCCACAAACAAAAUUACCAAAACUGCUGCAUCUUGUUAUGUGGGGUCACGAACAUGAAUGUCGUAUCGACGAAGAGUUUGUCCCACAGACUAAAUAUUUCAUUACACAACCAGGGAGCUCUAUUGCGACCUCUUUAUGUGAGGGUGAAUCAAUACCCAAACAUGUUGGCAUUUUAAAGAUACAUGGGCAGAAGUUUAAGAUUGAGAAACUGCCGCUGAAAACAGUUAGGCCAUUCGUUUUCGAUGACCUAUUCCUCCAGGAGGAAGAGAUCAUACCAGAGAAGAAUGAGGUCACGUGUGAUGCUGUCUUGCGCUUCGUUAAGAGAUUCAUAGAAGAUAAGAUGAUUCCUGCGGCUGCAAGGUUGCUAACUGGCCACCCCAAACAACCUAUCGAACCUCUAAUACGUUUAAGAGUAUAUUAUGAAACUGAAGAGCAAAUAUUUGAUUUAAUCAAAUUUGGGCAAUUAUUUUGUGACGAAGUACUCAAUCCCAUGGAUAUGAUUAUAUUUCGUAAACCAUCAAGCAGCGAAAAGAAAACAAGAAAUAGAAGGCCCAAAAUCAUUGGUGAUCCAGAUGAUCCUGACGCCGGACCUAUUGAAUCUCGGAGCGAAAAUGAUUCGUUUCUAGAUAUGGCCAACGCUCUUGGUUACCACGACAACGAUGAUAAUGAUGAAGUCGCUUGUAUAAGAGAUAUUCCGCACAAGAUAGCUCAGCAUUUUAAUCUGCCAAGUAAUAAGAUGAAACUGAAAGUUCUAUCAAAUAAUGGUUUAAGUGAAGCACUGAUUCGGUUUGUGGAGAAAGGAGAUGGGGACGCAUUUCUCGAUCUAGCAAAAUUUCAGAAAAAAAAGGCUGCUGAAUAUUUGGAAUCUUGUGACGGUGAUUUUGGAGAAUUUUCAAACAUCGUAGAGGCUAUACACCCUUUUAUAGAAGAAAGAGACGCUCAAGAUGACGAUAAUCAGGUAAAAGAAUUCUUUAGCACAAGAACUGUCAAGCGCGAGAUCAGUGAUAUACUUUCGGACGAUGAUAUUCUCGUUGAUACUGAUGAAGAUAACAAAUCCGUACAAAAAGAGAAGGAAAAACCUAAAAGGGGCAGAGGCAGUAGAGGAGGUAGAGGAAGCAGAGCCCGUGGUACACCAAAAUUAAAAUUUUGAUAUGCGAGCAAACGGAAAAGACAAGAGGUAAAUAAGAUGUUAAAAAAACUUGUUUCUUACCUUACACUUAUUUCGUUAUUUUUUAUAUAAAUCAUUCAGUAUUUGGAAUACUUUAUGUUAAUGGAAAUAAACUUUAUUAUUUUU